AUGUCCCCCGAUGAAUUCGAUUCUCUUUUAACUCGCCUUCUUGAGGUUGUAUCACAGGCUAGAAAAAGCACGACCGAUAUCGAAGAGAAUGUCACUCUGGUCGCGACCCUGGAUUACAAAAUUGCCCAGCUCUCCAAAUUAUCUGAUCCCAGCAGCCUUCAGCACAUCGCAGAGGGCUAUCAGUUGAAGGAGACAGCCACCGACCAUCUCAAAUCUUUUCUUCAAGCUCGCAAGACCCAACUUGACUAUCUGGAAACGGCGACCAAACUUGUGGCCAGUGAUCUGAAGCUCGAGUGGACCGAACAUCGUUUUGCUGAAGCAACUCUAGUGCGGACGCAGUUGGAACAGGUGUUACAGGCUCGGUAG